CGAUUGCUCCCAAUGCCGUUACAUGUUUCUUUGCAUCGUUGAUUCGUAUGCGGCAGAUGUUGGCGAUAAAAAGUUCUUGUUGGAAAAACACGACAUAAAAAACAACAACAACAACUAAACUCAAUUGCAUCACCGAGCCAUUCGAAUACUUCUUGCAACGUACCAUCAUGUUUGUCAUCGGAAACAACAAACGCGAUACUUCUUCUGACAGGCACCUUCGUCGAGAUCGAAUUGUCAAUGCGAAACGCAAUGCUCCAGUGUCGACGUCAAGGUGGGAGGAAAGGACCCAACACUUUAAAGAUGUCUUCCUUUUCUUUGCAUUAUGUAUGAUCUCUACAUCCUUUCUCUCGGAACAAUGUGCAGUAGAAGCAUUUCAGAUUGAUAGCGUGGGGGCAGGGCCGAGGCAAAGGCACAAGGCUCAAGAACAAUUCCGAACAAUAUCAGCAAGCACGACGACGACGAAAUCCCAGUCGUGCUCGGAAUCGGCAGCAAAAAUGCAACUGAGUGUUGUCCCCCUCAAAGUCGCAGAAGACAACUAUUCGGGGGACUCUAUCGAAACCGAGACGAUGACGGUGGCCGGGAAUAGCACCAGCCAGUUUUUAAUGAACUUUAAUGCCUCGGGAUCGAUAGGUUCGCUCCUUAUGCAGAUGCAAAAGAAAGAAGCAGAACUGAGGCAGCUCAACCAAUCCGCAUCGCUGCUCCUCAGCGAAGACCAGGCCCUUAAGCUCGAUCCUAACGACGGAAGCAGUACCAACCAAGAGCCGACGGCACUCAAGAACAACCUGUUUUCAUGGAUCCGGAAAACGAAUGGGUCUGCAAAGAAUGGAUUUGCCGAUGUCGAUGCCCCAACCGCGUCCGAGGGUGUCAAUGGUUCCACGGCGGAAGCCAUUAGCUCUAUGAACGACGAAAUGGCCAGGGAAUUGGAUGAUUCUGUUUCCAUUCGUAUCACGAAUUCUGUGAAGGAUAUCACGCUUCUGGGACCUCCGGACAUUUACCAAAGGUCACGAUCAGAAGAAGGAAACCAAGACGAUGACACUCCGUUUCGGACGGUUUUGGUUGAAGAGGAAACGCAGACGGAAACAAAUGCCAAGAACGAAAAUGCUGUUACCGAGGACAAGCUCCCUCCUCUCAGUCGGCCAGAGCACUACGAUAGACGGAUUGGGAGGGACAUGAGACACCUUUCGGUUUCGAUUGCGUCUUGCAUCGAUAGUGUUGAAGAGUGGCAAUUAUUUUGUCAGCAAACGCCGGGUGGACUAGCACCACUGGUCGAAUGCAUCCGGGAGGGUGCGGAAUCUAUUCGGGAAGGGAGUCCAUCGUUGGCGUCGCUAUCAUUAGAACACCAGUACCUGGCCAGCAGCCCCUAUAGCAGUGGUUCAACCACUAAGGAAGAAAAUUUUCAGGCCGCGUCCAGUGCCUGCAAGGCCAUACGGGACUUGUGCGCUCUCUCCCUAGAUCUAGCAUCGGUCAUCACUGACGGGCUUUUGCGGGCAAACGCUGCCUAUAAAGAACAAGGAGAACCCUCGCUGAUGGACGACCUCUGUACGAUUUUGCGCUACGACGACGAAUUGUCAGACCUGCUCGUGGCCCCGAGAAGGAGGCGACGUCGGAGGCUGCUUUCCUUUCGCCGACGAAAAGGAAAACAAGCGGGACAAGAGACUCCGCAACCCGACCCUUCCGAAAAUGACCCGUUGUCGUCGCCGACAUCGAAACCGAGCAAGUGGCCUAUAGGGAUUUUCAGACGACGCAGGGAAGCGCGCCUGCGGUGGAAAUUGUACGUCACACAACUGUUGCUUGCUAUGACCUGUGCCAGUGACUCCGCCGUCGAUGCCAUCCGAUGCACGGAAGGACUGCAGGACGUCCUGUUGGUGCAUUCAUCGUAUGCUCGCAAGGAACGACGGCGGAGAUGGAUGCGAUACCCGGGGGAACUGAUCAAAUCGAUGUGGCUCAAAAAGCGCAAGCUCAGGAACAACAAGGAAGCCUCUCCAGCGACACCGGAGCAACGCCGACAACCGUUUAUCGAGGCAGCGUCUCUGAAAGCCAAUCUGAGAGGGAGAAUCACUGGAACCGCAAACCAGGUGCUGGCCGCGAUCGGUUACAAUGAAUGGGUUCCGAAGAUACCGGGGCAAAAGGGCCUCAGGUAAGUUUUGCACCUCGGCAGUUUUUGGGCCUCGCGAUAUUAUUCUAGUUUACAACAAUCAUUGAAAGCAAGGCUCACAUUUCCACACACGGUGUACCAAUCGAAUUAAAACUUAUUGAUUUCCGUCCGGUUGGCAGGAUAUUAUGCCUGGAUGGUGGGGGGUCGCGGGGAAUGACUUCUGUAGUUGCGAUGAAAUGCCUCGUAGAUUCUUUGGGUGGAAUGGAAGUCGCAGAUUGUUUCGACCUGGUUGUAGGAACUAGUACUGGUGCCAUCAUUGCGUUCCUCGUGGGAUUAAAUCGUGAGACGAGUGAGCAGGCUGUCGAGCGCUACGAUGUUUUGAUCGAGAAGAUCUUCACCAAGAGUGCAUUCAGCACUCCGAUGCUUCUUUUCACAACUGCGUCCUAUGACGAAUCGCCGUUCAUGAAUGUCCUUACGGAUAUUCUAAAGGAUAGAACCAUGCUCGAUAGCCGGGCAAAUCCUGCAGUUCCUCUUGUAUUUGCAGUCACCUCGAAAAUGUCGUCCAAUCCAACCCAUGUUGCGCUCUUCAGAAACUACAACUACAGCGGCGGCGAGUUGCCUGAUCCCUUCAUGAUUAAUCCUGACGAAGCCAGAGAAAAUCUUGAUUUGCCACUGGGGAAUGAAGCCAAAAUCAUUAGAAUGAGCAACUACAGGAAGAAGGAAGAACAUGUGCAACCUGUCGAUGAAACUCCAGUCCCAGACAAUGGAUCCCGGCACCCGGUGAGUUUAUGUUCGUUUUCUUGCCUUUGGCUCUAUACACGAUAUCGAAUGAUUUGCUCAAUACUGAAUUUGAUUGGAAUUACGGAAUCUAGGGAUCAUUUCGUCUCUUGCAAAAGUAUGCCUUGCGGGCCUCGACGGCUGCUCCAACUGUCUUCAAACCCGUUUUAAUGGGUGGCGAAAUGUAUUGUGAUGGUGGGAUCGUUGGUAAGUUUUGAAAAUGUCUUGUUCUUGUGCAAUAAAGUUCUUGCAAAAGAUAUUGCCCGGUAUGGCCUGCUUCUGACGCUUUUCACGCUUCGGCAUUUACCGUGCACUGGAUUACACCGUAGCCAGCAAUCCCUCGGCAAUCGCUAUACACGAGGCUCGGACCGUCUUUCCUGGUGUGCCUAUUGAAUUGGUGGUGUCGAUAGGGACCGGAGGCUUCAAGGAACAGAAAUCAGAGCCGAAAAUCGGCUGGGACGGAAUCAUUGGUCAAAUCAUAAAUUCUGCAACCGAUGGAGAACAGAUUCAUCAUAUCUUGGAAGACGUCUUGGGAGACGGGACAACUGCUCAAGGGAAGUCGUCCGUUUCAGAUACUUGCUACAUGCGUUUCAACCCAGUUCUUGGAAUGCCAGAUGAAUUUCCUAUUGGUGAGCUCUUCGAAUUAAGUUCCUUUGCUGCAAUCCCAAUUUCAUGCCAUCAUACUAACAUGCCGUUCUUGUAUUUUUUUUGCAUACUGGCAACGGGACAAUUGCCAAAACGAUGAAAACUAACUUAUUUGUCAUACCAGAUGUCACUGAUCCUGAUAAGCUGCAACAGAUUAAGACCAUAACAAAAGCUUACAUGGAAGAACCAGACCAAAAACAAAAGUUGCAGGUUUUGGCGGACAUCCUGAAGGGCCGGAGCAGCACCAGGUGUUGAUAGUUGCGGAUUAGCAACAAGAAGAUCCUUGAAAAUAUCUGUAAGGCUAGCAAACAGCAAUACCAAGACAAUAAGGAAAGCUUUAAAUUAAUUCAAUUUUAUUUG